GGUAUCAUUACCUCAACAGCCGUAGAAGGUUCUAUUGCAACAGUAAUACAACAAGCCACAGAAGGAGUAAGUAACGCUCAAAAUGUCGAGAAUAUCUUAAUUACCAUAGCAGUAACCACCAUAUUAGAAAUCGCUGGAGCCGGAGUCCAACAGAUUGCAUACAAACAACGAUUUGUAGGAAACGCAAAAGCCCCACCACCAUCGUACCAACCAAUACCAAUAGUACAAAACAGUAUCACCGGAGGAAACACACCUUUACAUAUAAAUUUUGUAAAUACAAUAAUAUCAGCAGUGCUUAUAGGAAUUGCUAUUAUAUCGAUAUUUGUGGUAUAUAUUUAUUAUUAUAGAAGACGACUUAAGAGAGCAACUGGAGAAGCAUCCUUGGACGACAUAGAGACAACCCAAAGGAUAUACAACAACGCAAGAAGAGCCUACCGAUUUUAG